AUGCAAGUACAAUUCUGUUUCAAUAAUCAACCAUCAGUACAAAAUUUACUUACAACAGCAGAAUUAACUUCUUAUAUGCCAACAACAUUGAUAACUUCAAUUAUAACUAGCACUAAAUCAGUCGAUAUUACUACAACGAAAGUAGGCGAAUCAGUAUGGAAUAGGACUGCUUUAACUGUUGCAGGUAAUGGAAUCAAUGCUACUUUGAAUCCAUAUAGUGUAUUUGUUGAUGAUCAAUAUUAUAUUUAUAUUGCGGAAAAAGGUAACAAUAGAAUAUCCAAAUGGCCACCAAAUCCAAACGGUUUAGCAUCUUCAUCUAUUUUUCAUACAGCCAGUGGGCAAUUAAAUGCACCACCUAGUCUAUAUGUGAAUUCAAAAACAGGCGAUAUCUAUGUUGCUGAUGAAUCCAAUUAUCGUGUAAUGUUUUUCGCAAAUGGUUCAACAACGGGUGUAAAUAUAACUGGUGUACCAUCGAGUGUAUCAAAAAACGUUAAUGCAAUUUAUUUAGAUCCAAAUGGAACAAUUUAUAUUACGGAUUCAAACAACAAUCGUAUUUAUAAGUGGCUUACAAAUGAGACUGUUGCUGGUGGACAAGGAGCUGGAAGCAGUGCGAAUCAACUGCAUGCACCAAAACGUGUUUUUAUAGACUCUAACUAUGCACUCUAUAUAACCGAUUCUAGUAAUUAUCGUGUUCAAAAAUGGCGACAAGGAGCUACAUCGGGUGUUACAAUUGCUGGAGGUUAUGGCAUGGGAUCGAAUUCAAGUCAAUUUAAUUUACCUUUAGGUGUGGCAGUUGAUAGUCAAGGAAAUGUUUUAGUUUGUGAUACAAAUAAUCAUCGUGUACAAAAAUGGAAUAUAGGUGCAAGCACAGGUCAGACAGUAGCAGGAAAUGGUACAGCUGGUUCUGCAGCAAAUCAAUUGAAUACACCAAGAGGAAUUGCUUUGGAUAAAGAUGGCAAUUUAUAUGUAGCAGAUGCUAAUAAUUAUAGAAUACAAAAAUUCAAUGCUCUUUAA